AUGCACCAAUUUACCAGCUCGCGCGUGCAAUGCGCAGCUACCUACCCCCCCCCCAAAUCAUCGGUGAACGAAACUGCGGCAGCUACAACCAGUGUGCGACGAUACAUACGCACUGAAUUCGCCUUAGCACUAUUUCGGGGCCUAACCGCCAUGCAACCAGAAGGAAGCACGAGAUGGGAUAUUGCCAGGUUGCCCGAGCCUAGACAGGGGAAGUCCAGAGGUAGAAGUCAGGUUCGAACCACGGAUCUUCCGAGAGUUGCCAUGCCCAAAACCAUUGCGCGUUUGCCUCAUGUAAUCAAGCGCAAACUACCAACCGUUCAGCGCUUGUUCGCAACCUACGAUCUGUGUAGACCUGCACGGCUAGCCAUAAUCCUGAUGCCCAUAUCAUGA